UUAACCUGUUUUCUAGUUUAUGCAGACUGUUGUUCAAAUCUUAGUGUAAUUACUAUUUCCUAUCAUUACCUGAACACAAGGCUGGGACCCACUGUGGAUCUCUAACCACCAGGUGGGGUUUCUUGAAAUGAUUUCCACUCAAAUUAAAACAAAUUAAAAAUGGAGCAAAUUGGACAUGACAUUAAUGUUACGACACUUAAAAACAGUUGUAAUAACUAAUGAAAAUGUACAAAUGUGAUUGCUUGCCGGUGUGCUCUUGUUUAAUUGGUUUACUCACAGUGUGUGUUUACUGUAAGUAGUGACAGUUGAGAACACAAAUCUCUACGUGUCAUUUUGCGGUUCAAUGGCUGAAAAGUUUGGGAACCACCGAUCUAGAAGUCCUCUCCUCUCACGCUCCAGGGAUAUAUUUAUCAAAGUUUUGAGGAGGAUUUUUGACUUGCUGAUGAAAUACAGAUGGUGUCUCCAUGGAGUGUCAGUCAGCUUUCAAAUGUGCACGCAUGAUCCCAUAUAAAAGGCCCCUGCUUGUUGUCUUUUGAGCCAUUUGCAACCACAGUCUGAACAAGGAAGGAUUAUGUUGGACUUUUCUUGCUACUGAAUUCAUUACGCUUUUGCAUGAAAUAUCUUCAAGGAUACUAUUUGCUGUCAAUUUGCAGUGAUGGCUGAUUGGGCUUGGGUAACUUACACAGUGCUGGAAGUGCUCAUUGCUGUGGCAUGUUGCCUUGGGAACGUGUUGGUGGUGUGUGCGGUGGCUGUUGGUAUCCAUGAUUGCCUCUGGGAGCCGACUUUCUGCUUCUUGGUGUCCUUGGCUGUUGCUGACUUUUUGGUGGGUGCAGCUGCAGUGCCUCUAGCUGUACUGCUGGAUGGCUGGGUGAAUUUGACCUCUCACCAGUGCUUGUUCCUCAGCUGCGUCAUACUUGUGCUGACAGAGGCCUCCGUCCUCUCACUGCUGGCUAUUGCCAUUGACCGAUACCUGCGGCUGCACAUGCCUUUCAGAUACAAAGCCAUCGUCACUCAGAGGCGCACACUGCUGGCCAUGUCCAUCUGUUGGAUACUUUCUUUUCUACUGGGAUUCACCCCUCUGCUUGGAUGGCACAAUCUCUCUGCCGCUGGCCAUUAUUCCACCAACACAUCUUCUACCUUACCUAGCUCUUCCCAAUGCACCUUCCUCUCAGUUAUCUCACUGCCCUUUAUGGUUUAUUUCAACUUUCUCGGAUGUAUCAUGGCCCCUCUAUUGGUCAUGACACUUCUGUACAUCAUCAUCUUCUGGAGCCUGCACAAACGUCUGAAGAACAGCUGCCCUCAAGCACAGGCCUUGCUGCUCAGGGAGAAGAAGCUAGCCUGCUCACUUGCUCUGGUUCUCACAUUAUUUGCAUUCUGCUGGAUCCCUCUGCACCUCAUGAACUGUCUUCUGUUCCUCUGGGGACCUCAAGCAGUGACCCAGGGAACACUUUAUACAGGUAUCCUUCUGUCUCACGCCAACUCAGCAGUCAACCCAGUGGUCUACGCUUGUCGCAUCCCCAAGAUCCAGAAGGCCUACGGUCAAAUAUGGAAGCAUCUCGCAUUGAAGCUCAAUUGUUUUACCAGAAAUGAAUCAAUUCAGCAAGCUAUAACAAGCGACUAGUUUAAGAAAUGUAAAUGUGUGUUUGCAGAACCAGAAAAAAGGGCCUGUUUGUGGUAUUUCAUCAAUCAAAUACAUUAUUCUAUCAUUGUACAGCAUUAAUGAUUUCUGAUGUUAUUACAUUUAAACAUGGCAUUAUGUUAGUGACAGCAAUUUAUUAACGCUCCACUAGAGGGCACCAUACAUCAACAAACUCAAUAAAUUGUUGUUCAGAUAGAAUCAGAGUUGGUGUGUGCGCGCGUGUUGAUGUGAGGGAGUAAAAAUAACUAACUUCUUAGCUUCUGUGACUUCUGGACAACUGUUUUGAGAAGACUAGUUUUAUUGAGAUGUACAUAUUUAAAGCAUGUAACAACUUUUGUCCACAAAAAAAAGCUAUAAAAUACAUACAAAUCCUCCUGUAAGACUUUUACCUAUUCUUUAUGUUGUCUGGAAAAAAAAUAAUAAAUAAAACAUUCCUGCAAA